CUGAAGAUAUUACUUACCAACGACGACGGUAUCCAUGCCCCGGGUUUGUGGGCGGCGGCCCAGGCCUUGUCCCAGGUGGGCGAGGUGUUUGUGGUGGCCCCGGACCGGGAGCAGAGUGGUGUGGGCGCCUCUCUGACCCUCCACGCCCCGGUGAAGGCCCGCUCCCUGGCGGAAGUGCGUAACCGUGUGACCGCCUUCUCGGUGGAGGGCACGCCGGGAGACAGUUGCAUCCUGGGCCUGGAAAAGCUGGUGGGGUCGGUGGACCUGGUGGUCUCCGGCAUCAACUCCGGGUCCAACCUGGGCUGGGAUGUGAUGGUGUCCGGUACGGUGGGAGCCGCCUUCCAGGGCUACUUCCGGGGCUACCCGACUAUCGCCAUAUCGGUGGGGUCGGUGCAGAACCCCCGCUUCGACGGCGCCGCGUCCCUGCUCCGCCUCAUGGCCCUGAAGCUGGCCCAGGACAAUAACCGCGACGGCUUUCUGCUGAACAUCAAUGUGCCCAGCCUGGCCCCGGACCAGAUUACCGGCGUGGAGAUAACCCGUCCCGGCGGCCGCUCCUAUGGCGAGUCGGUGCGGGAAGAGGGCACGGGCCACCAGAAGCGGUACUGGAUUGCCCGCAACCGCCCGGUAAUGGCCGACAACGGCGAGGGCACCGACAUGUUCGCCACCAAGGCCAACCGCAUCUCCAUUACGCCGCUGCACCUCAACCUGAGUCACCAGGAAGUGCUGCCCAGGGUUGAGUCGCUGCUGGCCGGGGUGCCGGAGGAGUUGCUGGGGAAGGGGGGAUGA